AUGCCAAAGCUUCAAGUUCCAGUUGAACGUCUAGAGCUGAACGUGGACAGCAUAACUUCCUCCUCUGCCCGCAUCGUCAUCAAGGACCCAAACAAGCACAGCAGCAACAGCUACGACCUCGCCGUCUGGGUUCUUCGGCCAGAGGAGCGUUUGCUUUAUAGAAACGAUCGUUCUGCACAUUUCAAUGGAUUGAAAGAAUACAGCCACUUUGUAUCAAAUUUGAAACCAGGCAGUGAAUAUAAAGUUCAAGCAUCCAUCCUGUCAUCUUAUGUUACAGAUCUCAUCUCAGAAUAUAGGUUUCAAACACCAUCUAUAAAAACAGAGCUAAGUAGCAAGUGGAUAGUUGGAAGAAACAACGAGCUGGUUGUGCUCGACUCCUCGAAUGUCUUGGACACCAACAAACGAGUUUUGUACGGACAUGAAAUUUCCUCCGUUCUUGUCGCUGGACUGGACAUAAACUAUGAAGAAGGAUUGGUGUACGUUGCUUAUUCGAACGAAGACUUUAUAGCUGUUGAUUAUUCCAGCGGUGGAAAAAAAAUGAUGAUAAAAAACUUUGCAACCCUCAUAUCUUACGACUGGAUAAACAAGAAACUGUACAGGGCUUUAGGCAGUCGAGUCUACACAUGCCAAGUAAAAAACUUGCCAGAAUGCGAUUUGCCCGUUGACCUCACAGUUGAUCGGGCCUCUCAUUUAAAAGUCGAUCCAUUAAACAAUUUAAUAUUCUGGAUCAAGGACGGAUAUCUUAAAACAAAAGAGUUAUCAAACAAUAAUCCUGACGAAAAAAUUUAUGAGCAGAAUCAUCCAAUCACAACAUUUGCCUUAAACUUCAUUGAUAUGAUGAUAUAUUUUCCAUUCAACAAUUCCAUUCAAUCAAUUUGCUACGGACGAAAUGAGAAUGAUAGCAGAACUUUAAGAUCGGGAAAUAGAUUUGAGUCUUCCAAUUAUGAAAUGGUUACUUUAAUACACAAUAAGAACACGGACGCAUUUGUUUGGUCAAACGGAAGCACACUGAUUUAUGAAGAAUACAACGAGCAAGCGGGAAGCCACAAGAUGCACGAUAUAUUGGACGGCAUUUUCAUCUCUCAAUUAUCUGUUUGGGAUGCCGUCAGCCAGCCCACACCUGUUCCCAGUGAAGCGCCCAGCGACGUGAACGUUUGGUGCCACAAAAGUUCAGUUUCAAUUAAUUGGAAUGUUUUUACUGAAAUAGGAGGUACGAAAAUAACUCCGCGCUUGUGGUGGUAUGAAAUAAAAAUUGUCUCUCAGAAUAUGACGUCAGAGUUGAUGCAAAACAAUAAUGACGAGGUCAGUAACGUGGAUUCAAGAAGCGAUAAAUAUGGAAGUGUUGAAUGUGAAGAGGAAGAUGUUGAUGAUGCCGACGACCAUCAAAUGAUCAUUUCAAUAUACUCCAACGAUACCUUUGUAACAGUGCACAAUCUGACUUCUAUGAUGUACUGUUUAAAAAUAAGGGCAAUCUUCAGAGAAACUUAUGGAUUGUGGUCACCGAUGUAUUCAUAUGUUCCUUGGCAGUCUGUCAUAUCUUCGUUGAGAAAUGUUGUGACUGUACAUUCUGCAAAAGACACAAUCCUAAUAGACCUCUGUUCGAACAAAACAGAACAUUGGUCGGCCUCUUCGACGAUUGAUGCUUCACAUCUUCUCUACGACCGCUACUCACAUUCGCUGUAUUGGAUCAAUUCUCAGGCUGACGAAAAUGUCAUUAAGAUUUUCAGAUCGUCACUAUUUGAAAGGAGCAGCCAAGAAAUUGUUUACACAAACUCUAAAAGCCAACUCGACUUGGGUGACGCUGUGAGAAUUAGCAAAAUUGUUCUUAACGUGCAAAACGGCUUCAUAUAUUGGUAUUCAAAUUUUAAAAUUGAAGCCUCGCAAUUGAAUGGCAAAUGCCACAAAAUUAUAAAAACGGUUGAAAAUUUGUCAAAUGAAAGAAUUGCAGGCAUAAUUCUUGAUCCAUCAAAAAAUAUUUUGAUCAGUUUCGUCAGCAGUGGCAAUAAAACUUCCGUUCACACUCAACCAUUAUACCGUUAUAAAACUGCCGACUGUGAUGACAACGAAUUAAGCAGAGCUGAAGAUGUUGAAGAUCGUGAAUCAGAAGUUGCACAUUUCUAUGGUUUCUACAUUUCAGGCGACCUAAUGUUACAUGAAGGAUCUGUAUUGUGGCUAUCAUCUGACGCAUCCAAUCAGCAACCGCAAGCAGCACAAGAUGGACAGCAACAUUGUGAACUGUCCAGUACGUCUUACGUAGUCAUGUCCACCAAUAUAAACCUAACACUGAAUGCUUCCACAUUAACCUGGUUUCUGUUGGACUCAAGCAUCGUACCAGAUGUUCAACUGACCUUCAAAGUCCACAUUGUUUCGAUGCACCAUGAUCAUCGCAUCGUCACGAAUAACGUAACGUCGUACAAGAUGGAAAAUAUUUAUGGCGUCAUCAAAGCUGGUGUGUCCGUGUGCACUUUGUGGGGUUGUGGUGAUGUCAAGUGGACGAACGUGCCUACAUUCAUGACUUCAAGUUGA